AUGCCCGUCUCAGCCUCAGGUGGAGGACCAGUAACAAAUACAGAAAAUGCCAUUGACUACCAGGUGGAUUAUAAGCGCAAAUACAAAAACCUGAAAAGUAAAUUGAAGUUCCUUGUUUAUGAGCAAGAAUGUUUCUUAGAAGAGCUUCGAAAAGCCCAAAGAAAAUUGCUAAAGGUUUCCAGAGAUAAAAGUUUCCUCCUUGAUCGAUUACUGCCGUACGAAAAAAUAAAUGACUCUUCUGGAGAUUCAGAUGCAACUGCUUCAAGUGAAAGUGACAUUGAAUCAAAUCAAGAAGGCAGCUCCUUGAAAAAGAAGAAAAGUGCAAGUAGUGUAAGUCCUGGCACUGUCCCUGUGGUGACCCCACCAGUCACAUCGUCUAGUUUAUUAAGAACUGACACCUCCAACAUAUUUUGUAAUAAUUACACAAGCCUCCUGCCACAAAGCACGAGCCUGUCACAGAUAGUCACACCUGAGACAAAAAAGAAACAAAAAACCACCACAAAAAGAUCGGCAACAAAAACGAUAGUUACGGCCAAACCACCUGAACCUGAGCCAGAGAGAAUAGCCGGACAGAUGACCCGUGAAGAACUUGAACGGCAUUUGGAAUCUCGACAGCAUUCAUUCGGGAUUGAAAAAGCCCCAGCCAAAUUACCGAUGGAGAUCUUCAGCAACGAAAACUCGGACCCAGAUAGUGAAAGUGCUCAAGACAUGUCAGGCUUGAUUGGAGACGUCGAUGAUGAUGAUGCUGAACUUGUGAUUGACACACCCCAGUGA